AUGACACCUCUUCCCAGCGCCCCGCGGAUCUGCAUGAAGUGCAAGGAGAGCCCGGCCGUCCUCGUCAUCCGCCUCGGGGACCCCUUCUGCCGCUCCUGCUUCCGGGAAUACUUCGUGCACAAAUUCCGGGCCAUGCUGGGCAAGAACCGCGUCAUCUUCCCGGGCGAGAAGGUGCUGCUGGCGCUCUCCGGCGGGCCCGCGUCCAGCGCCAUGCUCCGGCAGGUCCAGGAGGGGCUGAGGCGGGAGACGGCCAAGAAGCUCCGCUUCAUCCCCGGCGUCAUCUACGUUGAUGAGGGAGCCGUGUGCGGGCAGAGCGCGGAGCAGCGGGAGCAGACCCUGGCCGCCGUGGAAGCCAUCAUGCGGGCCACCGGCUUCCCCUUCCACCUGGCCCACCUGGAGCAGGCCUUCGAGCUGCCCAGCUCCAUCCUGCACCGGACGCACCUCAUCCUGCACGUGGCCAGGACCCAGGGAUACAGCAAGGUCAUGAUGGGGGACAGCUGCACCCGCGUGGCCGUCAAGCUCUUCAUCAACCUGGCCCUGGGCCGCGGCGCCUUCCUCGCCAUGGACACAGGCUUCCUGGACACCCGUCACGGCGACGUGGCCGUGGUGCGGCCCAUGCGCGAGUACACGGCCAAGGAGAUCGCCUUCUACAACCACUUCUUCGACGUCCCCACCGUCACCACGCCUGCCCUCCGGCCCAAGCGCCGCGAGAAGCCCAGCAUCCACGGCGUGGUGGAGAAGUUCCUCCUGGGGCUGCAGGUGGAGUUCCCGUCCUCCAUCAGCACCGUGUACCGGACGGGUGAGAAGCUGAGCCCGGCUCCUGCGGAGGGCAGCCCCGGCUCAGAGCUCUGCCUGCUCUGCCUCUGCGCCCUGGACACCCUCACGGAGGAGGAGCUGGCCCUGGAGCCCACCCUGAUCUUGGACGAGGAGGCGGCUGGGAGCAAAGCCGCCCUCGUGCCGCUGCUCUGCUACUCCUGCCCUGCCACCCUCUCCCUCCUGCAGGGCCCUCUGGACACGCUGCCACCCUACGUGCGCUCAGAGGCCCAGCACAGGCUCCACAGGGCUGAGAUGACGCAGCAGAUGGAGGGAGUCCUGCUGGAGAACGGUGACAAGGAGCCUGGAAAGAGCUGA